GCCAACGCCCGCCACCGCGCGUGACCCCGCCGACCCCGCCGUCGCCCGCCAACGCCCGCCAUCGACAAGGUUUAUUGGCAGUAGGUAAAUGAUGAGAAGCCCAGACUCUCAUCCAUCACAGGGGAAAGAGGACGAUAUCUCCUAUGAUCGACAGAAUGAGGAGGUCAGCGGUUCAAGUCCAUGGGUGCGCACAUGGAAUAGAGGUGGUGAUUGGACAAUGGCAGGCAUGAGAGAGCGUUUUCAAAGAGCAAGCACACAUUUUGAAAAAUACCCUUAUGUGUGGUAUGCCUACGGCCUUGUCUUUGGCGCAGCAUGUAACACCCCCUCUCCUUAUGAAGUCAAGCCGGGUUGAGGGCGAAGCUGCCGAUCUGAAGGUGGAACAUGGACGCGGGUGCGACGUGGAGCCGAAGAUACCGGCUUGCCUUGCAUCUUGCGUUCGUAGCGUGCGAGAACAUCUGGAGCUGUUGCUUGGAGUUCCGCAUGGGUCAACCAACGGUAAGCUUUGUGAGUGCAGUACGCGAAGUGUACCAAGUAGGCGAGCCGAUCUUGGCUUGAGAGAUGAGCCCAAUCAUUUGAUGAGCGCCAACCAAAAAUCGAACAUGAACCGAGUGUCGUGGUCGCAGACGAUUUCCUUGGGGUCACCCUUGGUUCGAAUCCAACCGGCGUAAAGAACCUCGACCAAUUCCGGUGCCUUGGCAUGAUAGCG